AUGGCCACUGCAAAGGAUGACCCGCACCUGGGCGCAGGCCCAUCCGAGGAUACAGAUAUCCUCCUGGAUGAUUCUGACUCAGGAAGUGUGCUUUCUGAUGACUCGGUACUUCCUGACUAUGACCAGGAUUCUUUGUGCUCGUACAAAGAACCAGCUAAAACACUGUACGAGGCCUGUGCUAAGAAUGAUCCCACCUCCCUGCGCAGGAUCAUGGAGAGAGGAGUGACUAAAGAAGAAGCCAUGGAGCUGGACAUCAAUGGCAGGACUGCACUGAUGGUGGCUGUGAGCAAGGGAUUCGUAGACAUGGUCUCCAUGCUACACAUAUGUCCACUAAUAGACGUGAACCACCAAGACAAGGAUGGCAACACUGCUAUCAUGAUUGCUGCACAAGCAGGCUUUAUCAGCAUUCUAAACUAUAUCCUUAACUACUACUCUGGUGUGGACACUGAGGUCAGGGAUCCUCGGGGCUUCACGGCCCUAAUCAAGGCAGGUCUGCAGGGCCGAGAAGAGUGUGUGUCAGCACUGCUAAUGCAUGGUGCAGAUAUAAAUGCGAUGGAUCUGGUCCAAGGGAGAGGCCUAAAGGACUGGGUCCUUAGGACAGGAAGGUUUGAGACUAUGAACAGACUACGACGCCUGCAGGCUCAUCCUGUCGCUGAGCAGUUCUGUGAAAGCUACAUUCCUGAGUGGCCUGAGUUGAAUCAACUGGUAGCAAAGGCCACUGCCACCAAAACAGCUAGUCAGAAGUUGAAACAGCGCUUAAAGGACAGUGUUACUUUCAACUUCCCUCGGGACCCCGAGGACAAUGGGGUCAUGGACCAUUUGGUGCGGAUGACCACAAGCAUCCACAGCCCCCUCAUAGCCACUGGUUGUCGUCCACUCUGUCCCACCAGCCCUCCAGAGAUUGGCAAGCGACGGUUUGCAGUUCCUGAACUACUUGAAAAGCACAGCAGCAAGGAGCUGGAGGAGAGCACAGUGUCCCACAGUAAUGGUUCCGUCACUUCAGCUUCUCCCACUGCUCUUUCAACCAACUCUGUAUCUUUGACCUCCUGCUGCCAGCAGUCACAGCCCAGGGAAAGCUCAAGAGGAUUCAUUCCCCGCGGUACACACAGGAACAGCAUCUUCCCCUCAGGCUGUAUUCCUAAGAUUGAAGUGACAAAAUCUGGGGAGCGUACUCCAAAGAAAGAGAAAAAGAAGAAGACGCAAAAGGGCUACUUGGAACCUCCUAUCUGGAAGUACAAGGAGGCCAAGGAGGAGAAAAAGAGAGAGAAGAAGCAAAAGGAAAAGGAAAAAGAAAAAGAAAAAGAAGAGAAAGAGAAAGAGAAAGAGAAAAAAAAUAAUAAGGCAUCAAAACGUUCAUCAAGCUCAAAAUGA